ACUUUCCUCCUGUUCUGAGCGGGGCUAUGAAUUUGUCUUAGCAAGAGACAAGAGGUAGCAUUAGGAUGUCUUUGGAUGCUCCUGGGGCACAAGUGAGGCCCUUGGUGCAGCCCAGUGGCUGUGCAGGCUCCCUGUCCCCAGCGGAGAGAGCAGUGCAAAGAUGCAGUUCAGAGGCUUGCAGGAUAGGAGGAGACACUGUCCCCAGGAGGGACCUGGCCCUCCCCAGAGAGCAGCUGUCAGUAGCUAAAGGAAGAGCUGAGAUGCAGCGGGGUAUAUAGGUAAUGAAGAUAGGUAAGGUUCUGAAUGGCAGGUCCUUUCCUGUCCCUCAUGCUGCUGUGUGUCCACAGAGCACAAGGGCAGGGUCAGCACCUGCUCCGGCUGCCUCUGGACCCGAGGAAGAGGCUGAAGAGGAGGAAGGUGCCGAUGAACCUGCCCCCGCUGUCAUCCCACGGCCCGAGGAAACAUCAUCAAGCUCCACCUCCUCUGUGCUGGCACCUGCACGGGCUGCAGCGGAAGGCUCUGAAGAAGGCUCCGGUCCCCAGGCUGGAAGCUCAAGCACGAGCAGCUCGUGCACCUGGAGCACGACUAGCUCCUCUGGCAGCAGAGAGCAGCUGCGAGAGAGGACAGAGGACAAGUGCCUGGCCAUGCUGAAGAUGCUGGUGAGCGAGGGAGAUCCUGAGGCGAAAUACACAGAACUGGAAACUAUUGGCAAAGGGGGUUUCGGCACUGUGUGCAUGGCAGUGGAGACUGCCACAGGAGAAGAGGUGGCCAUCAAGAAAAUUAGUCUCCUGCAAGAGAGCAGCAGCGAACUGUGCCUGAAUGAAAUCCAGGUCAUGCGUGGCAACAAGAAUGCCAACCUUGUGAACUAUGUAGACAGCUACCUGGUGGACGAGGAACUCUGGCUCGUGAUGGAAUACAUGGACGGAGGUUCUUUACACGAUGUCAUCAGGGAGACUCAUCUGGCAGAAGGAGAGAUAGCAGCUGUCUCUCGGGAGUGCCUGCAAGGCCUGGAUUUCCUUCACUCCAAGCAAGUGAUGCACCGAGACAUCAAAAGCCACAACAUUCUCCUGGGCCUGGACGGAUCUGUCAAGUUGGCUGAUUUUGGCCUUUCUGCUCAGCUCACCGCUGAGCAGAGCAAACGGAGAUCAGCUGUUGGGACCACUUACUGGAUGGCGCCAGAAAUCUUCACCAGGAAAUGCUAUGGCCCCAAAGUGGACAUCUGGUCCUUUGGCAUUGUGGGGAUCGAGAUGGUGGAAGGAGCGCCUCCUCACCGGAUGAAAACCUCCCGCACGGUUCAACAGCUGAUAAGCACCGGGGGCAGCCCGAAGCUGCAGAACCCCAGGCAACAGUCCGCGUGGUUGCGAGACUUUCUGCACUGCUGCCUGGAGACGGACGAGGACAGGCGCUGGUCUGCCCGGGAACUUCUGCAGCAUCCGUUUGUAACAUCAGCCAAGCCGACCUCCACGCUGACGCCUCUGAUCAUGGCAGCACAGCAGUUCAUGGCCGACAGGAGAUACUAGCCCUGGAAGAGGCCCUUGUUGUUUUU